CUCACAUGUCAGCUUCUGGGGACACCUCACAUCCAGACCAUAAUGGGGGCAGCAGAAAGGAUGAGACCCUGAUUGUAGACUCUCCUAUGCCACCACACAUGGAGGACCCAGGCUGGUGUGCAUGGCAAGUGUACCUGGAGUGGCCAGGGGAGCCGGGUGUGCCAGAGGAGCUCGUGGACAGCACGGCAGCCAUGGGGCUGCUCACCGGGGACGCACUGUGGGCCCUGAGUGUGGCCGUGGCCGUCUUCCUGCUCCUGGUGGACCUGAUGCACCGGCGCCAACGCUGGGCUGCACGCUACCCGCCAGGCCCUCUGCCAUUGCCCGGGCUGGGCAACCUGCUGCAGAUUGACUUCCAGAACAUGCCCAGCUCCUUCCAAAAGAUGAGGUUCCGCUUUGGAGACGUGUUCAGCCUGCAGCUGGCCUGGAAGCCUGUCAUUGUGCUCAAUGGGCUGGCCGCUGUGCGGGAGGCGCUGGUGAACCACAGCGAGUACACCUCCGACCGCCCGUGGAUGUCCAUCUAUGACCACCUGGGCUUGGGACCACGGUCUCAAGGGGUGAUCCUGGCAAGUUAUGGGCCUGCCUGGCGCGAGCAGCGGCGCUUCUCUGUCUCGACGAUGCGCAACUUUGGCCUGGGCAAGAAGUCCCUGGAGCGGUGGGUGACCGAGGAGGCCAGCUGCCUCUGUACAGCCUUUGCCAACGAGGCCGGAUGCCCCUUUAGCCCCAUGUCCCUGCUGAAGAGAGCAAUGUGCAACGUGAUCUCCUCCCUCAUCUAUGCCCGCCGCUUCAAGUAUGAUGACCAGCGCUUGGCCAAGAUGCUGGACCUUCUGGAGGACAUGCUGAAGGAGGAUUCUGGCUUUGUGCCCAUGGUGCUGAAUGUGGUCCCAGUGCUCCUGCGCAUCCCAGGGCUGCCUGGCUGGGUCUUCCGUGCACAGAAGGCCUUCAUGGAUAUGGUGGAUGAGCUGUUGGAGGAGCACAGGAUGACCUGGGACCCAGCCCAGCCACCACGAGACCUGACUGACGCCUUCCUAGCAGAGGUGGAGAAGGCCAAGGGGAACCCUGAGAGCAGCUUCAAUGAUGAGAACCUGCGCAUCGUGGUGCUUGACCUGUUCACCGCAGGGAUGGUGACCACCUCGACCACGCUGGCCUGGGCCCUCCUGCUCAUGAUCCUGCACCCGGAUGUGCAGCGCCGCGUCCAACAGGAGAUUGAUGAAGUGAUAGGGCAGGUGCGACAGCCAGAGAUGGGGGACCAGGCCCGCAUGCCCUUCACCAUGGCUGUGAUUCACGAGGUGCAGCGUUUUGGAGACCUUGUCCCUCUAGCUGUGCCUCACUUGACAACCCGUGACAUUGAGUUGCAGGGCUUCCUCAUCCCCAAGGGGACAACGCUCAUCACCAACCUGUCGUCUGUGCUGAAGGAUGAGACCGUCUGGGAGAAGCCCCUCCACUUUCACCCUGGACACUUCCUGGAUGCCCAGGGCCACUUUGUGAAGCGGGAGGCCUUCAUGCCUUUCUCAGCAGGCCGCCGUGUGUGCCUCGGGGAGCCCCUGGCCCGCAUGGAGCUCUUCCUCUUCUUCACCUGCCUCCUGCAGCGCUUUAGCUUCUCAGUGCCCCCUGGACAAGCCCGGCCCAGCGACUAUGGUGUGUUUGGUACCAUAGUGACCCCAUCCCCCUAUCAACUGUGUGCUGAGCCCCGCUAGAGGAGGUGCAGACCCCAACCCUGCCCCCAGACGGGGCUCUGAUGUUCAAUAAACCAGUCUUGUCACUGCCACUUUGUUCUGAGAUGCCCCUGGCUCUGUUGGGUCCUCAGCCACGUGUCUGAAGCCAGUCCUCGUCCCCCGCUUCUUUUUAUCCUGCUACUUUGCUGAAUCAUUCCCCCCCCCCUUUUUUUUUUUAAAUCUCCCUUUUGUACCAGGGAUUGAACCCAGGGGCACUUAGCCACUGAGCCACAUCCCCAGCACUCUUUCAGCCUCUUGAGUAAAUGCAGUUAUAGGUAUGCACCACCAUGUCUGGCUUGAUGAAUAUUCUUAUCAUGAAUCUUUUUGGAAUCUUGUCAGAUAUUUUUUCCCAUUGAUAAUCAUGUGGAUUUUCUCUUUCGGCCUGUUCAUGUGUGUUUACCAUGAUGAAUUUUCACGUGGAAUAAAUCCCAGGAAUAAAUCCAAUUUGUUAUAGCAUA